AUGUCCAAUCAGGGAGAGGUGUUCACUGGAGGUGCCACCACCUCGCAACAUGUGGACGCUGAGGACGACGACCACUUCCAGAAUACCACCUUCAAGCUAAAGAGGACGAGGUCGUUGGGUCUCUUGGACGAAUUCAUUGACCCGAGUGAGCAGGAGAAGAACUUGGAGAACAAAAACCAAAAGAAGGAAGACCUUGCGGUGGACACUGCCAAGGCCAAAGAAUACACUGCAGCUCCCACAUCCCCGACGUCACCUCUGUCAGCGCCUGCCACCACACCUACGCCGCCAUUUCUAACAAGCCCGGAGCUCAUUCCUCAUGACGACACAGAUGUGACGGUAGAGCCCUCACGGCAUGUGGACUACUUAUCCCAUCAGUGGGAUGUCUCUGAUAUCUGCAAGUCAUGGCGAUAUGUCAUCUCCCGAAGGAAAAGUGUGGCUAACGCUGCACGUUUGGAAAAUGCCAGUUGGAGAACGUGGGCCCAGAAACGUUGCAAUCUUAAAACCAUUAGCCCUGAAGCGGUGAACUGGUCGAAAGAGAGUGAUGUUACAUGGCUUUAUGGCCCUAUUCUCGACGAUGACGAUCAUGACCAUAACGGCAACGAUGAAAGCCGUCCAGCAUCUACAACAGCCACCAACGCUGUGGCCGGUGAUGUGGCGAUUGCCAGAAGAAGCCCCGGCCCAAAGCCCAUCUUGAAAAAACGUACUGUCGAAGACAUGAUGAUCAGCCACCUGAACAUGAGAAAGCUUGAAAUUGCCUCUGCAAGAGCUGAACAGGAACAGAACCGUCGUGAAGAGGCGGAACACCAAGCCAGACGUGAUGCUGCUGCCAAGGCUGGCUUCUCUGAUAGACCGCCAGAAUACUUUGACUAUAACGCCAUCUCGGCUAAGUUGAAUUCUCAGUAUAAGAACUUCUCGCAGAAUAGCUCAAGAAACAACUCGGCAAUGGACUUGCCUGAGCUCGAAGCAACCGCUUCUCAUGCAUCCGACCACUCUGACGCUGCCUCCGACAAAUCUCAAUUGAACCAUGAUCAAUUGGCUUCACAGUUAGAGAAAAUUAAUUCAAAGCAAAGUGACAGCGCUCAUUAUUACGACCAAGAAUCUCCGUUACGAUCAUCCUUUGCCCACGCUGCACGCACAGACUCGAAUACUAAGCCUGAAAAACCUGACCGUCAUGUUCAUUUUAAUAGCGAGGUGCGCCAGUGUAUUGCCAUUAAUGACCCGUCUGCCGAAUCAGUCAACGAAUACUACGGUGGCUAUGAUGACGACGACUACGGUCAGGGUUAUGGCUAUGCCAGUAGCGACAGCUAUAUUUACGAACCAGAGGAUACAGACAUGCAUUCCCUAGACUCUGAAGACAAUGACGACGAUGACGAUGACGAUGACGACGAAGAGGGAGGCUUUUUCUUGAAGGUUCCCUCAUCUUCAGGCGCUAGUCAUCAUCCAGGUCUCUACAAGAGAGAUACAGAUAGAAGCAGCGACAUGUCGAGAAGUGCUACAUCAGAUUCUAAGCAAAGCUUGAGGCGCUAUUCCACUAUUGAGUUACUUCCAUCCAUUCUGUUGAAUUACGGCUCUGACGACGAAGAUAGCGAUGAUGAGAACCCAUAUACGUCGAGCUUGUCUCACAACGUUGGAAACUUCAGCAAUAGAGGAUAUGAUUACCAUUACGAUUACAAUACUGUCUAUCAGGUUGACCCUAACCAUGCUAUAUAUGGCGAAGGACGCAAAACACCUGAUGUUGUUGAUGUACCUGAGGAUAUUGCUUUGGGCUCCAACUUUGAUUACGAUAUCAUCGAGAAUGAAGAUAUCCGUAACUUCGACCAAGCUCCCCUUGACGUCAUUAAUUGUGCUCAUGAUACCACUGAAUCUUCAAACACAGAGAAAAUACCGAUCUCAUCGCUUGACGACUCGGCCGCUGGCGCCCCUCACAAGCCUACACCUAAUCCUUUCUCGCUUAAUGAUAGCUCUGAUUCUGACAGUGAUGACGAAGGGCCAGGCCUUUCUAUCAAUGCUCGCAACUCUAGUCUGUCACUUGCUCAGCUGGUGUUCGGUGGUGGUAUGACAUCAACAGAUAAGCCAACGGAUGAAGCUAACUACCCUGAACACAUUCAGAUGUCUAGCGAGCCUCUGGAGAAGCACGUAUCCCUGAUAAAUCCAAGAUAUUCGUCGACUGGAUUGCUGAAACAGCCUCAUUCAUCCAGUUCGCUCUCAGAUCAGUUUUUCACCGGUGCUGGAGGGCUCUCGAAGACCGAGUCGAAAUCUGAAGAGCCAAGUGCAUUGUCGGACAUGUUUUUCAAUCCGACGCCGAACAACCCUUCGAAACAACUAGAGCCAGAUGCUGCCGACAGAAGCUUGAAGGGAGGCGCAACACUGCCGCCUCUUCAAAGAAAAGCAUCGCCAUUACCGCCACAUACUACAUCAGAGAAUGCGUUCCUGGGUAAAGCAUCACCACCUAUCGUGAGACAGCCUCCAAGAAGUGGAUUUGUGCUUGAGUCGGAGAGUGAUUCAGACUCUGAGAUUGAUGAUGCCGUACCCCCAUCCGAGGGCGCAAGAAGCCCUGAUAGCUACUCUUCCUUGUACAAGGUAGCUGAUGAGAAUGGACUUAAGGUAUCAUCGCCAGACUCUGAAGAGGCCAAUAAUCAAAGAAGAGGGAAGGGCCUGUCAGUGGCCAGCUUCCUUGGAGGCUGGAACAAAAACAGCAAUUAG